GGUGUAACUAAAGAAAACGGUGAGGUUUGACUUUCUUCGAAGUCUUCAUUCCUUCUCUUCCGUCUCGCUCCCUUUCUUUCUCUUCUUCUCACAUUCAUUUCCUCUAAUGCUGUAUAGGCAUAGCACCAAGCAUGGAGCUCUCUCUCUUCUUCUACAACGCUUUCAUUCUUCUUCUACACUGUCUUCAAAACCCGAUACUGCUCUCACAGCUAUCGAUACAAUCACCAAACCCCCCAAACCAAGCAAGAUCAGAAAACCCACUUCACUCAGUGCACCAAUUCCACGGGUUUUAGACACUGUAAGUCCUCAAGUCAAUGCCAUCUGUUCUUUACUUUGUAACCAUAGUCAACAAACUGUAACAAUUGAUAACCUGUUGAAAUGUUUCAAAGAAAAUUUGAGUUCAAAUCUUGUGCUUCAGAUAUUGAUGAAUUAUAGGCAAUUGGGUAGGAUUAAAACCUUGGAAUUCUUUUCUUGGGCUGGAUUGCAGAUGGGUUUUAAGUUUGAUGACUCUGUGAUUGAGUACAUGGCUGAUUUUCUGGGUAGGAGGAAACUGUUUGAUGAUAUGAAGUGUCUCUUGGUCACUGUGUUUUCGUGCAAUGGUCAAAUUUCUUCUCGGACUUUUUCUAUUUGUAUUAGGUUUUUGGGUAGACAAGGGAGGAUUAGAGAAGCCCUUUGCUUGUUUGAAGAAAUGGAGUCGAAAUUUAGGUGUAAACCUGAUAAUUUUGUGUACAAUAAUAUGCUUUAUGUGCUUUGUAAGAAGGAAUCAUCUGGGCAGUUAAUUGAUUUAGCUCUUACAAUUUUUCGGAGGAUUGAACUGCCUGACACAUAUUCAUAUAGUAAUGUGAUUAUUGGUUUAUGUAAAUUUGGUAGGUUUGAAACUGCCCUUGAAGUUUUUGUUGAAAUGUAUAGGGCUGGUUUGGUCCCUACCCGAUCUGUGGUGAAUGUUCUUAUUGGUAAGUUGUGUUCGUUGAGUGAAAAAGAAGGAGAAAUUGCGAAAGUUAGAGUAAAGAGUAUGCGCAGACCCUUUACAAUCUUAGUUCCAAAUGUGGGGGUAAAGAGUGGUACCAUACAGCCUACAGUUCAUGCGGUUCAAGUGUUUUGGGCAGUUCAUCAUCUCGGUUUAUUACCAAGCUCAUUUGUCAUAAUCCAACUUAUAUCAGAGCUUUGUCGAUUGGGUAAAACAGAAGAGGCUGUUGAGAUCUUAAAGGUUGUUGAGGACAUGAAGCGGAGUUGUCUAGAAGAGAGUUACUCCAUUGUGAUGAAAGCUUUGUGCAAACACCAUCUUGUGGAGGAAGCUAGCCAUUUGUUUGGAAGGAUGCUCUCCCAAGGGGUGAAGCCAAAGUUGUCAGAUUAUAAUUCUGUUAUCUGUAUGCUAUGCAAAAUAGGGAAUUUGGAUGGUGCUGAAAGGGUCUACAAGAUCAUGAGCAAGAACAGAUGUCUUCCAGAUAGUUUGACAUAUUCUGUGUUGAUCCAUGCUUAUGUUGAAGCUAGGAAUUGGGAAGCUGCUUAUGGCUUACUAAUAGAAAUGUUAGGUUUGGGUUUGUCUCCACAUUUUCACACGCACAGUGCAGUAGAUAAGCUUCUGCGAGAAAAUGGGAAAAUGGUUUUGUGUCAUAAACUGGAAAGGAAGUUGGAAAGUCAGAAUUUGCUCAAACUCUGUAAAGAAAAUCGAUUACAGUUGGCUUAUGAGAAGCUGAACUCAAUGCUUGAAAAGGGAUGCUAUCCGCCAGCAUAUGUAAGGGAUGCUUUUGAACAUGCAUUUGAAAAGCGUGGCAAAUUGCAAAUGGCUCGUGAAGUACUAGGGAAGAUGGACAAAACACAAAAAACCCAAGGAGAGAAACUAAAGGUUUCUUAAAGGCAAUAUCAACAAUUUUUUUCUUUUUCUCCAUUUAAAAUAACAUUUGACAGGUCAAAAGUGUGAAAAGAAAUUUAUGCAUAAAGUGGGAUGUAAAAGAGAAGAAUGAGAAUGGAGAAGCAAACUGCAUCCCAAGACGCUUCUACUGUUAAUGUUAUCUUUGUAUCUAAGACAUAUACCUCGUAUGGUCCUGCUCCAAUUAGGAUACCAUCGUUUUUGACAAUCUAGAUGUUCACUGUUAUCACCAAUCUUCUGAAGGGAGUUGCUGUGAAAGCGAUUACAGUGAGUAGUUAGUUACUUGAGCCAGUGGCAGUUUCUUUUUGCGGCAUUAAGGUUUCGUUGAUCAGAUGAGAAAAAGAGACACAGAUCUUUGCAACCUUUUGGAAUCCUCACCAAGCCUAUCCUGGAAGCCAGAUUUCAUCAUGGUUUUCGUUGCCAACAUUUUUUAAAUUAGUCAUAUGGGAUUGAAGAUGAAAUUCUGGUGCCUCUGGCUCUAGAGAUUGAAAAGAAAACAUAUUACGAAAAUCUACCAUGUGUCCAAAUUGAAAAAAUAAAUUUAAUCUUUCUAAACCUAUAUUGUGAGGGUUCAACUUAGGUAAAAAUACUGAGCUCAUCGUCAAACAGACUUAACAGCCACUCCCUUUUUCCCUUGGCUACAUGGCUGCUUGGCUGCUUGGCUGCUAUUUUUGUUUGCGCAUAGAGUGGCUAUUGCUCUCCUAGGGCUUCUGUAUCUGGCCUGAGCCACCCUCCCAAGCAAAGCAAGCGAUAAUGUACAGGUUAAUGUAUCCCCAAGAUAUAUAAAAAAGUAAAUAGCUUAUGACAAAAGAAACUUUUCAGCAUUGGUGAUGGAAUUAUUGAAGUCUUUCUUUCCUUAUUUUUCCUUCU